AUGGCAAACAACAGCACACGUCCUAUGAGAGAAUACGCGUCCCCUGUGCUAUAUGAUUUCUCUCCAGGAAUCAUAUAUCCGAUGCCUGAUGGAACUAGGUUUGAAAUGAAAUCUGUUAUGCUCCAAAUGCUCCAGACUGCUAGGCAAUUUGGGGGUAGCCAUGGCGAAGAUCCUCAUGCCCAUAUGAAGCGUUUCCUGGAAACGUGCAAUUUCUUUGUGAUUCCUAGAAUCACACCAGAGAAAAUCAGGCUCUCCUUGUUUCCCAAUUCUUUGCGAGAUGACGCAAAGCAAUGGGUGAGUUCAUUAGAGCCUGAGGAAAUCACCACAUGGGAAAAGUUGGUGGAAAAGUUUAUGCAGAAAUACUUCCCACCUACCACCAAUGCGAGGAGGCGUCGGGAAAUCAUGAACUUUGAACAGGAAGACAUCGAGACAUUGAGUGUUGCAUGCGAGCGUUUCAAUGGCUUGGUUAAGAACUGCCCAAACCACGCACUACUGUUGAAUAUUCAGAUGGAGACGUUUUAUGGCGGACUAAACAGGGCGUCACAGAUUGCAGCAGAUGCAGCAGCAGCUGAAGGACUGAUGGACAAAUCGUAUACUGAAGCUAAAGAAAUAUUACUUUACAUUGCCAAACAUAACAUGGAGUGGGUAGAUGACACCUACGAUGGAAGAAAUGACAGGAGAAGAAGAUCUCAGAACAUUAACUCUGUUGAUGCCAACGCUAUAGCCACGCUUUCCACUCAAGUGGCUACCAUGACCAGCCUUCUACAGAACAUAAUGCUAGGUAACGCACCAAACCAACAGAAGGUGAAUCAAGUGAAGGUGUUUGGGCAACCCACAGUAACCUGUGUAGGAUGCGGAGAUUUUCACUCAUAUGUUGAGUGUCCUCAAAACCCUCAGUCAGUAUGUUUCAUCAAGAAUAACCCAUUUUCUAAUACUUAUAACCCUGGAUGGUGUAACCAUCCGAAUUUUUCUUGGACAGGAGGAAAUCAGCAAGAGCACCACCCAGGCGCGAGCCAUUAG